AGUAAGGUAAACUACCCACUGCACUUCCGUUGCCCAUGACACCGGAGCGAAGUUCUGACAGCUGAUUCCUAAAUCAGUUCAUAUCCAUUUCGUGCCUCCAGGGCGUCAUUUUUUAGGUUAUUUACAGGCGCACGGAGCUGCUACGAGUCUCGGCUGGAGUUGCAGACUGCGGCCCGAGCAGAGGAGGGGCGGCUGAUUAUGGUGUAGCGCGGAGCGCUAGCUCUGAGACAGCAGGCAUUUGAGCAGCAGUGCAUUGCAGCACGGUGCACCGUGGUUUUGACAGUCAUAUCACAUCAGCGUAGCCAUGCUCACGUUGGCCAGUAAGCUGAAGAAAGAAGACGGAGGAAAGACAGGCCGUGCCUCCGGAGCCUCAGACUCCACCCACAGGGUCUCAAUCAGAGACCGCCUCCUUACCAAAGAAGUUGCCGAACUUGAAGCCAAUCUUCCUAGCACAUGCAAAGCCAGUUUUCCAGAUGAGGAUAAGCUGCAUCAUUUUCAGCUGGCAGUGUCUCCUGAUGAGGGUUACUACCAAAGUGGAAGGUUUCAAUUUGAAAUAGAUGUCCCUGAAGCCUAUAACAUGGUGCCUCCUAAAGUGAGAUGUCUGACCAGAAUAUGGCAUCCCAAUAUCACGGAGAAUGGAGAAAUCUGUUUGAGCUUAUUGCGGGAGCACUCUAUUGAUGGCACAGGCUGGGCCCCCACUAGAACAUUAAAGGAUGUGGUCUGGGGAUUGAACUCCUUGUUUACUGACCUUUUGAACUUUGAUGACCCGCUGAACAUUGAUGCAGCAGAACAUCAUCUGAGAGACAAGGAGGACUUUCGGAAUAAGGUUCAAGAUUACAUCAAGCAUUACGCCAGAUGAUAAAAGCAUUGGUGACCCGCUGCAGCCUGCACCAACUAACCAAACUGCUCUACCUUGCCUCUGCUUCUCUUGGCCAACUCCCCUCCCACAUGUGUGAAUCAGCAGCUGACUCUUUGACUCGUACCACUCCCCUCCCUCUCGACACCACAGCUCUGGCGACGCCCCGCCUCUUCUGUUCACCCAAUUGCAAUAAACUUCACAUCGCAGGAAUGAAAUAAAAAAGAAAAAAAGUCACACGUUGAAGAGAGGACUUGCAUACACAAGAAAAUAACGCUUUAGUUAAUCGGCCGAGGGUUACAGUGACCACAGUGUCUGUCUGUUGUGGCAAGACACACGAAUGACGCCACCCCGCUGACGAGCCCGUCGGACACGAGCCACGUGGCGAUGGAAUUGGAUGCGAUGUUUAACUGAAGAAGACAACAAGUCACGCUUGGCUAUUUUUAAAUUUGAUGACUCAAGAGGAAGAUUAUCUGUUACUGUCAGUUCUCUGUUCCAGUGCCUGCCAUGUUUGUGUCACUAAAGUGAAAAUGCAUGUGAGUUCACACACACACACACACGCAGUCACAGCCUGCAGUAAAAGGUGAGCACAUGGAAAAACACACAUUGGUUGGAAGUUGGAAAGCCUGCAGCCCCCAGCCCCAUUAGACAGCAUGUGAAUGACCACACUGACCCAUUUUAAUGUCAUUCUCUCUGCAUGUGUACACACACACACACACACACACACACACACACACACACACACACACACACACACACACAUGCACGCAGACACAGCUGUGUGUUUUCAGUUCCAGUGACAUAAAAUACUGCCACAAAAACAGCCAAAUGCACCGUUCAUUUUUCAACUUCAUCUCUUGUCUCUGCACCACUGCCCUCUUCACUUCUUUGUCUUUUUUACUGCAUCUGUCUCUGUUACGCACGCACGCGCACACACACAGCACAGGUGAGCGCACAUGUAAAGUUCUGUGUUGCAGAUGGAGAGGUUAAAACAGUACAGUCAAAACUUCUGGCAUGCUGGCUCUUCAUGUAAGCGAAACAACGACUGGUUUUAAAGAAGUGAUGACAUAAGAGUCUGAUAACAGCACUAAGCAACAAAGUGCUAAACACGGUAAAGAAUCUGUCAAAGAAAGAAAAGUUGGAGGAAACCUUAAACACGACUCCAAAUGACCUCCUGGAUGUACGUAGGCAACACUUGAAGAACGAUCUUGAGUCAUUUUGUCAUCAACCACGUGCACUGCAGCUCCGAACUGUUCCAAAGAUUAUUGAGAGACGUGCAGCCACCUUUCAAUGAUCUUUAAAGUGAGCUGCGAAAAGAACAGGUGACUGUCAGGUGAAUUCACAGCAAGCACUCCCUCCUGCCUGCUCUGGUAGCUGCAGAGUGUAUCGUAUCCCACCAGACAGUCCUGACAUUCUCCAGAGUUCAUGUGUGAAAAUGUCUCCAAUGAAGAUCAAUAGGUGCAAAGAAAGCCUUACAACUUUUAAACUCAGUCAUUUUUUUUUACUUUAUAGUCACUGUUCAGUGCUGAGCCAAACUGAUAUUGAGGUUUUUGACUGAUCUGCACAAACCCCCUCGUUCUGCUCCCUUAGGGAGAUUUCCGAGCUGACUGUAUCUUUCUAAAAAUGGCGCUAUUUCAGUCUCUCCCCCUUUGUAAGCAGACUGUAUGAUUUCACUAUCUGAAUGUGUGUGGAGAAAACAAUAGCAGAGGUUCAUAAAGACCACUCUGUAAAUGAUAUCUGCAUACAGACGUGCAGAGUCUGCUGUUAUUGUUUGUAGCCAGAGUUCAACUGAUCGGUGAGCAGGCUGUAGUUGCAUGCAGGUGUAAGUCAUAACUGGCCAAAAGAAUAUGAAAACUUGGCCCAAAUAUAUCUCCACUGGGUGCAUCAGAAGCCCAGAAGACUUGAACGCUGGUUCAAGCAGCUACUUUAAAAGGCAGGUUUCCAGAUUGCAUGAAAACAGAUGGCAAGAUGACAUGCUAGCAGGAUUACUAGCUAGCUAAUGUAAGUGGCUUCAGAUCUGUUAGAGACUGCAGGAAGGCGUCAUUCUGGACAUCUAUGAAAUCUAUGAAAGUGCAGUACUUAACAAAGCCAUUGGAACGCCUGUCAUAAAAACAGGAAUCACAAAUAUUUGAGAAUUCUGUCAAAAAUAUGGUUUUUUUUCUUUGUUUAUGCAAAAACAAACCGAUUUUACAUUUUUAUAGGUGAAUUUGAUCUGCAGCACUUCUCUGAGACAUCACAUUCAACAACUAAAACGAAUUUUUCUAUUCAGUAAUGCAAGUUAACAUGUAAUUUGGCAUCUUAAUAAAAAUAAUAACAAUAAUUGCUAAUAAUUGUGAUUUACUUUUUCAGCGUUUUUGUGAAACAGGAAAUUUAAAAUGUCAGGGAUCAUAACAAUAACUAUAUUUUACCAUUUAAAAAUCCAAUUUUGAUUAAGAGCUUGUGUGUACUGCAGGAUUAAGCAUUACAGAAACAUAAACAAUGAUUUUGGUCAUUACUAAUACUUUUGAUUUAGGGCAGCAGUGGGGUAAACCUUACCCUGGGGGUGGGGGGAUGGGGGGGUCUAAUAAAUGUGUGGAGCUCUGCAGGCUCGGUCACAGUCAAACACUGGGGAAAAGGGGAGGUUAAAAAAACUGCACAGAUUUGGUGGGAAACACUCUUGAGGCAGUUGACAUGUUUGACACUGGAUUAAAUUGCUACCUCGAGUGCUAGUUAACUAGUUAAACUAUAUUUGCGCCUCUCGGUUGACUAGAGCAGAUUAUGCUUUGUGGGAUGGCUGCUAGGAAUUCUGGACUAACUAGAUAAUGUCUCCAUGAACCUCUGCUGCUGUGGGUUUUGGCUAGUGAUUGUGUUUUUAUGUGUGUGUGUGUGAGCGUGUGUCGUUUGCCCGGCCCUGGCUAUUGCUGUGCCUCCGGUUUGAGUCUGUAAGUAUCGCCUGUUUUCACCUGUUCAGCUUUGUUUUCACGUCUGCAUGAGGAAAACGUCUGUGUGCGAGUGUUGCAGUCUACCGAGGAUGUGGAAAUGUAGAGGCAGAAGAUUGAAUUUUUGUGUAGGAAGUGUGCGUGUAAGAUUAACAAAAAUGACAGUUUGUGCUCCUGGAGUGUGUCUGUGUGUGUGUGGGCAGUUACAGUGUGACUUGUGGAGACGAUGUGACUUGUUAGCAUGCUCUGGUUUCCUCUUUCUUUUUUAAAAUCUGGAUUCAUCAGCUCAGAUCAUUUUUAUUUUCUUAGCAAACACAACAACACAAAGCACCCGACUCUGCCAAAAUAAAAGACCCAGGACUUUAAAAACAGAGUGACAGCAGUCCCAGAUCUGGCUACACCACGCUUCAUUAAUUGGCAACAAAUUGUCUCGGUAGUUUUUGCCUCAGCCCAACACUCAGUGCUUUUUCUUGGCCUUAAUAAUACUUUUGCUUGCUGUUGGAGAUCUUGUUAUCGGUGUCCUUUAGUUUGGCAGUUUGUGUUGUUGGAGGUAAUUUGUUUUGUUUUCUCCUCUUCUUCGGAUGUUUCUCUGGAAAUGUCUUCGCUUCAGUUAAACUCCAGGGCCAGAGGAACGAGAUUAACAAUCUGUUCUUCUUCAGAUUCUCGACAUUUUCUUUCUCAGAUUGUAUAUCCAUUUUUUAAGAUAUAUUAAAGAGUAUAUAAAUGAAA